CGAGGCUUCUCAGCCGACUCGCAUCCGUGUACCAGCGAGCACCGCUCGCUCCCAGGCCUGCGCUGCGUUUUCCCGGCGGCACACACACCCCGGGCACGCUUCCCCCCCACGCUGCGCUGCUGCACUGCAAGCAAACGCGACGCAGCUGCUGCAAAAGCCGCUGCAGUAAAGCACCGCGGCUACGCGACCUCCUUCCUGCUGCGCCGGAGCUGCGGAGGCAAAUGCCGCUGGAUGGUGGUCCGCUGCUUUGGCUUCGCUCGACAGACCAUCCCUUCCGAGCAGCUCUGGUGGAUGGGUGCGCGUUCCGCCCGACAGACAAGAUCUGAAAUGGUCCGAUACACUACUGUGCUCCUUCAGAGACUCAUGCUUGCUGAUGAUGAGAAGUAAAAACAUAAUCUUAUUAAAGCAUAUAUUUUGUAGAAAUUGGAAAUAUCUUGGUCACUACUAGUGAAUGGGAUCAGUAUUGCUGAGAGCACAAUUAAAGAGUUUUGAACUAAUCGCUUCAACAAACUAACGGUUUGAGGAGCAUAUCUACUGGAAAAAAUGGGUCGAUCUAACUCUAGAUCCCAUUCUUCAAGAUCAAAGUCCAGAUCUCAGUCCAGCUCCAGGUCAAGAUCAAGAUCACAUUCUAGAAAAAAGAGAUACAGUUCUAGGUCUCGAUCCAGGACAUAUUCACGAUCUCGCAGCAGGGAUCGUGUUUAUUCUAGAGAUUAUCGCAGAGAUUACAGAAAUAAUAGAGGAAUGAGACGUCCCUAUGGUUACAGAGGAAGAGGUAGAGGGUAUUAUCAAGGAGGAGGUGGUAGAUACCACCGUGGAGGCUAUAGGCCGGUCUGGAACCGAAGACACUCCCGAAGCCCUAGACGCGGACGCUCACGUUCCAGAAGUCCAAAACGAAGGUCUGUGUCUUCCCAGAGGUCCCGGAGCAGAUCUCGUCGAUCUUACAGAUCUUCCAGGUCACCAAGGUCCUCUUCAUCUCGUUCUUCAUCUCCAUACAGCAAAUCACCCGUCUCUUCCAAAAGACGAGCAUCUCUGGAAAAGCAGGCAAAGAAAACUGAAGGGGCUCCUUUACAAGACAGCCCCUUGAAAAAUAAGUCACAAGAUGAACAGAAAGAUACAUUUGAACAUGACCCAUCAGAGUCUCUUGACGACUUUAACAAAUCAUCAGCAGCUUCUGGCGACAUUUGGCCUGGCCUUUCAGCGUAUGAUAACAGUCCAAGGUCACCCCAUAGUCCUUCUAUUGCCACCCCACCUAGUCAGAGUUCAUCUUGCUCUGAUGCCCCCUUGCUUAGCACAGCCCACUCGGCAAAGGACACACCUCAACAUUCCCAUUCCAUUCAGCAUAGUCCUGAGAGGUCUGGCUCUGGUUCUCUUGGAAAUGGUUCAAGCCGUUACAGUCCUUCUCAGAAUAGCCCAUUGCAUCAUAUUCCUUCGAGGAGAAGCCCUGCAAAGACAAUCCCAUCACAGAAUGCUCCCCGUGAGGAGACCCGAGUGCGGUCAUUUUAUCCAGAGGGUGGUGAACAGGAAACUGCAAAAGGUGGAAAGUUUAUGAAAAGGUACACAGAUGAAGAGUCUAGAGUAUACCUGCUUGAUAGGGGUAAUACCAGGGAGAAGGAGGCCCAGAAGGAGAGAGGAUCAGAAAAAGGGAGGACAGAGGGAGAAAGGGAAUGGGAGGAACAGGAAACUUUAGAUUUUUUCGUUGAUAAAGAGACUGGGAAAGAAAAGUUUAAUGACUCUGAAGGGGAGGACGCAGAGGAGACAGAGGAUUACAGACAGUUCAGAAAAUCUGUCCUGGCAGAUCAGGGUAAAAAUUUUCCUACUGCGUCUCAUCGGAAUGCUGAGGAGGAAGGAACCAAAUACAAGUCUAAAGUGUCAAUCAAGGGCAAUAGAGAGAGUGAUGGAUUUAGAGAUGAGAAAAGUUUUAAGCUUAAAGAGACUGGCUAUGUAGUGGAAAGGCCUAGUGCAACAAAAGAUAAGCACAAGGAAGAAGACAAGAGUUCUGAGAGACUAAUGAUGAAGAAAGAAGCUCAGUCACCCGAGCAGGUAAAGUCUGAAAAGCUCAAAGAACUCUUUGAUUACAGUCCCCCUCUACACAAGAAUCUGGAUGCGAGAGAAAAAUCCACCUUCAGAGAGGAGAGCCCACUUAGGAUCAAAAUGAUAGCCAGUGAUUCCCACCGCCCUGAAGUUAAACUCAAAAUGGCACCGGUACCUCUUGAUGAUUCCAAUAGACCUGCUUCCUUGACUAAAGACAGGCUGCUUGCUAGCACACUUGUCCAUUCCGUCAAGAAGGAGCAAGAGUUCCGAUCCAUCUUUGACCACAUUAAGUUGCCACAGGCCAGCAAAAGCACGUCAGAGUCAUUUAUUCAGCACAUUGUGUCGUUGGUUCAUCAUGUCAAAGAGCAAUACUUCAAGUCAGCUGGAAUGACCCUAAAUGAGAGGUUCACUGCAUAUCAAAAAGCUACUGAAGAACACUGCACCCGGCAAAAGAGCCCAGAAAUACAUAGGAGGAUUGACAUCUCUCCAAGUACCCUGAGGAAGCAUACCCGUUUAGCAGGUGAAGAGAGAGUCUUUAAAGAAGAAAGUCAAAAAGGAGAUAAAAAAAUAAAGUGUGAUUCUGCUGAUCUCCGUCAUGACAUUGACCGACGAAGAAAAGAGCGAAGUAAAGAGCGAGGAGACUCAAAGGGUUCCAGGGAAUCCAGUGGGUCAAGAAAGCGGGAGAAAACUCCAAAAGAUUACAAGGAUUACAAAUCUUAUAAAGAUGACAGUAAACAAAAAAGAGAGCAAGACCGUGCUCGCUCCUCCCCAUCUUCUUCCCCAUCUUCUUCCUCUGCCAGUUCUCGAGAAGAAAAGGAUUGCAAGAAAGAGAGAGAUGAAGAAUUCAAAACCCACCAUGAACAGAAAGAGUACUCUGGUUUUGCAGGAAUCAGCAGGCCAAGGGGCACCUUUUUUCGAAUUAGGGGCAGAGGAAGAGCCAGAGGAGUCUUUGCUGGAACAAAUACUGGUCCCAGCAACUCAAAUACUACUUUUCAGAAGAGACCGAAGGAAGAGGAAUGGGAUCCUGAAUAUACCCCAAAAAGCAAGAAAUACUUCUUGCAUGAUGACAGAGAUGAUGGUGUGGAUUAUUGGGCCAAAAGAGGAAGAGGCCGUGGUACUUUCCAGCGUGGCAGAGGGCGGUUUAACUUCAAAAAGUCUGGUAGCAGCCCGAAGUGGACACACGACAAGUAUCAAGGGGAUGGAAUUGUAGAAGAUGAGGAAGAAACAAUUGAGAAUAGUGAAGACAAAGACAGACGCAAAGAGGAAAAGGAAUAACCCUGGAAGAAAGUUGUAGCUGAAAGAGCAGCUCUUGCACCAUCCACACAACAUUUUUAAUAUGGUUUUUUUUUUUUCUGUUGUUAAAUGAAUGUAAGCAUUUUACUUAAAUUUUACUGUUGGAAAGUAGUUUAGAGGGAUUGUUUUUGUUUUAAGCCUUUAGAAAAACAAAUCUUGAUAUAGUAAACUAUGUUAAUGAUCGUACAGGUAGAAAGUAAAAUAUUUGUAACAACUUUUAAGAAAUUUUACUGUUUGUUAUAUGCAGCGUAAUUCUGCUUUGUUCAAAUAUAUGGUCAAGUACAACUCUAAAAGUUUUGAUUCUUCCCUAAUGUCUGUGUUUUAUUCUGAAGUAAACUUGCAGCUCUGCACACCUGAAAUCUUGGAGCAGCAUUUUUUAUAAACUUACUACUACUACUGUGUUGCCUUUUUAUAAGCGUAGUUAUCCAGUUGUAGUGUAAGUGCAAACACUUGUGCAAAAUGCUGAUUUACUUAUGUUAGUUCGUGAAAAACAUUUACAUAGAAUCCAGGUUUAUCACUGACACACUUACUCCACACAAGAAAUUUGUCUUUCAGCGUGAAGUUGUCACUAAGAAAUACAUAGGUACGUAAAUACUAA